AUGUCUAUAAAUUCCGAUGAGAUCGAUGGCAAAUUGGUGUCUGAUUAUAAAAAAACGUUUAGUCAGACGAUUCGACAUGCAGGUGGUGAUAUGAACAUUCGACUUCAACCAGAUCGAUCAUUGUACGAUGAACUGGAACAACGAAACCUAUUACAACGUCCACGACCACCAGCUGGUCUGGGCCUUAAUCUCAUUCAAGAUGGUCAACUCGGUUUAGCUAUGUUCAAUCGCAGUCCUAAAUUUCUUGCAUCAGGUCGAUAUACUUUCUUUUCUCCAUUUGAUCAUCUAAUCAAUGUGACUAGUAUUACCGAUAAACUUAUUACACUGGGCAAUAUUCAAAUUGUGACAAUAAAUCAGGGUGAACUAGGUUUGAGUCUACGAAAUGGAGAAAGUAUUUUACUCGAUCCUGGUCGUUACAUAUUGACAGCACCACAUAUCUUUGUCAAGAGUACUCCAGCUAAUGCUCAGUAUAUUGAAUUAGGAACAUAUCGUCGAAUAACUGUUCCUGUUGGAUUCGUUGCUGUAGCAUUUGAUAUUGGUAAACAAAUCAUCAUUCGACCUGAAGAUACUGAAUCAGGACCAUUUGAAACAAAUUCACCCACUUUUCUAUUCGAUAAAAAGACUGGUUUUCAAUCUGUACAACUUCAAGUCAGAGAACUUGAUCAACUGACAGUCAACACUCGAGAUGGCAUCACCAUAACAGCGAAAGGUCUUAUUACUUAUCGAAUUCAUGAUCCAAGAAUAGCAUUCAUGACUGUUCAAGAUAUACAUGAAGCAGUCAAACGAGCAGCGGAAGCCACACUUACUUCACUCUUUCUCAAUGCAGCAAUAGAUGAGAUAGCUCCACCAGUUCCAGAAAAAAAAAUAGACAAAGAUCUGAUCAAUCUUAAAUCGACUGUUGAAGAAGAGAAUUUUAAUCAACAUAUUCGUGAUGCAUUUCUUCAUGAUUUUUCUCACAAAGUUCGUCAUUGGGGUGUUGAACUACAAGAUUUGAACAUUGAAAAGCUUGAAUUCGAUAAUAGUGUCAAAGAUUUAUUGCGAAAACGUGCACAAGCUCGUGUUGAAACAGCAACGAGUCUUGCUAAUAUGCGUUCUCAAACAGAGAUUGCUAUGCAACAAGCCGAUCGAGAAAAACAACAAGCUCAAAUUCGAGCUGAAGCUGAAGCAUUUGUUAUACGGACAAAAGCUGACGCUGAUUUCUAUGCAGCUGAACGACAUGCACAAGCAGCAAAAGUCUUACAAGAAGUACCACUAUCAGCUCAACUCGAACUUAAACGACUUGAUGUCGAAAUGAUCAAAGCAACAGGUGAUCGAACAACAUUUAUUCCAGUGAACCUACAUAUAGGAGAUAUUGGGAUGGUUGAUAAACAAAAUAACAAAAUGUACUGGGCAUCAAAUAACGUCACGAACUGA